UCCGCGCGUGAUCCACAUUGCCGGGAAAAGGCUGAUCUACACAGCCAGGGAAAGGCUGAUCCACACUUGAUCCACAUUGCCGGGAAAAGGCUGAUCUACACAGCCAGGGAAAGGCUGAUCCACACCUGACCCACACCGCCAGGGGAAGGCUGAUCCGCACAGUCAGAGAAGAGUUGAUCUACACCUGAUUCACACAGCCAGGAAGAGGCUGAUCCACACCUGAUCCUCACUGCCGGGAGAGGCUGUCCCACAUCUGAUCUACACAGCCCAGGGAAAAGGCUGUCCCAGCUCCUGACCCACACAGCCAGGAAGAGGCUGAUCCACACCUGAUCCUCACUGCCGGGAGAGGCUGAUCCACACCUGAUCCACACAGCCAGAGAAGGGCUGGUCUACACCUGAUCCGCACAGCCCGGGAGAGGCUGUCCCACAGCUGAUCUACAUAGCCCAGGGAAAGGCUGUCCCAGGACUCGAUCCACACAGCCAGGAAGAGGCUGAUCCACAUCUGACCCACACAGCCAGGGAAAGGCUGUCCCACACCUGUUCCGCACAGCCGAGGAAAGGCUGUCCCAGCUCCUGACCCACACAGCCAGGAAGAGGCUGAUCCUCACCUGAUUCGCACAGCCAGGGGAAGGCUGUCCCACACCCGAUCCGCACAGCCAGGGAAAGGCUGUCCCACACCCGAUCCGCACAGCCAGGGAAAGGCUGUCCCGCCGGGACAGAUCCCGGCCAUGCUCGCCGCGUUGGUGGUGCUGUGUCAGCUGCGUGUGGCGGUGCUCGCCUUUCCUCCCUGCCCUGGCAGAUCAAAGGACUCGGAGAAACCGGAAUGGAAAAGUGUGUUCACAUCUGCAAGGGAGGCCAAUUUAUUCAUUGGACGACAUCUUCUGAACAACAGAUUUGAUUUUGAAGCAUUCACAGCCGAUAACCUGGAAAGGGAAUGCAAUGAAGAACUGUGCAAUUAUGAAGAAGCAAGAGAAAUUUUUGAAGACCCUGAUAAAACGAUGGUUUUUUGGAGAGACUAUUCAACUAAAGGCCCUAACAUAAAAUUAGGUGAUGAGGCACUGCAGAAGAUUAAUGUCACAGGGCUGCUCAUCAGCCUGGUUGCUGCUGGAGUGCUGUUGGUUAUAAUUGCACUGAUUGUCUUCUACUGCUGCAAGAGCAGAUGCAAAUCAAGGCAGCCACCAGGGUACAUGGGGUAUGUGAGGAGCAGAAGAAGGAAUUCAGCCAACAUCUUCAGGAGGCACGAGGAGUUCUCCUUGAGCCCCCUUCCCGGGGACCCGGAGCUGCCCACCUACGAGCAGGCAGUGGCCUCUGAUGGCCAGCACGCCGUGCCCCCACCCCCUUACCCAGGGCCCCCCAGGCACCCCCGGCUCUUCAGAAAGUCCAUGUCCCUCCCUGGCCCCUAGGCAGCACCUGCUGCUGGGCUCGGGGCGGGAUGCUGGAACGUAACAUGCUUUUGAAAAAAGUGCGCGCUUUCCUUGCAUAUUGCAAGAUGAUUUACAGAAAUGUGAAAGAUCUUCUGGACGACGAGGGAGGAGCGAAGUUCCCGUUUGGGAAAAGAAGGCACCUGGCACAAAGGCUGCAGGACUGUUCUUUGCACAAAGGCACUGUGCCAAGAGGAGAGAAUGCAGAAAGAGCAAGUCUUGCACUGCUGCCCUCUUCCUUAUGAGCCAUCCCAUCAAACUGUUGAUGUUUCAUUAAUAGUUUCAUCUUCUUUUUCUUCAGAAAGAACAGUAUUUUAAUUGCUCAUAUUGACACUAGCUAUUUUUUGUGACUUAAUAUUUUAAACCACCAUAGGAAGUCUACUUUGUUGUUUGACAUAUUCACUUCUUUGCUAGGUGAAUUUUUUAUUCAUUC